AUGGCUCCGGUAUAUCGAGUAGCCGUCAUUCAAAUGUGGCCAAAGCCCAUGGCCAUGGAACGAAAUUUCAACGUCGCCGCAGACUUCGUCCGAGCAGCAGCGAAGCAAGGUGCCGAACUUGCAGUCCUGCCCGAAUACCACCUUCUCAACUGGUACCCUCACGAUCCCGGAUUCAAGGAUGCUUGCGCACAUUGGAAGACUUAUCUGGACAAGUAUCUGGCCCUUGCGAACGAGUGCAGCAUCAACAUUGUCCCUGGUACUCUGGUCGAGCUCCACGAUGCAGGCACGAAGGACGAAAGAUUGCUCAAUGUUGCUUACUUCAUCACGGAUCGGGGUGAGAUUGCUGGCAAGUACGUAAAGAAGAACCUCUGGGGAGACAUUGAGCGAUUACACCUCACUUCCAGCUCUGAUGAUCCUCAUCCUGUGUUCGACACUCCGCUGGGAAAGGUUGGUAUGCUCAUCUGCUGGGAUCUCGCAUUUCCCGAGGCUUUCAGGGAGAUGAUCUCCCAGGGCGCCAAGAUCAUUAUCAUACCGACUUUCUGGACGUUGACGGAUUGCUCGAAGGCCGGCCUUGCGAUUAACCCUGUAUCUGAAGGGCUGUUCUUGGACAGCAUGCUAACAGCAAGAGCUUUUGAGAACACUUGCGCCAUCGUCUUCGCAAACGCGGGUGGUCCACCAGGCAAAGGCUACGCAGGUCUAUCACAAGUGUGCGUACCGUAUGCGGGAGCUUUGACCAGACUCGGCAGUGCCGCAGAGGGCAUGGCCGUGGUGGAUCUGGAUAUGCAAAUCGUGGAAGACGCCGAGGAGAACUAUCAAGUGCGAUCGGACCUCGCCAGGAGUGACUGGCACUACGAAUACCGACAUAAUAAGUCAGAUACCAAGCUAUGA